AUGGAAUCACAGUGUACUUUUGAUCCCACACCUAACCCCGUGUCGUUCGUUUGUAGCUGCUCAGCAUUGUCGGAUCCCCAAGGCGGACUCGUGCUACUCUUUUAUAGGUAUUAUGCUGCUCCGCCAUCUCUGUCAGAUCAACCGUCAGAAUACAACAAUGAGUCACUUGCAAAAUUCCAUGAGACUUUGACGGAGAAGCUUGGGCUUGGCGGCAAGAUCCGAAUCGGUACAGAGGGAUUCAAUAUUACCGUGGGCGGCACGAGAGAUAACAUUGAAGCAUAUAUGCGUCUAUGCCUUUCUCACUGGUCUUUUCAAGGCCUGGAAAUCUGCACCCCAGAACAAAAGUCGUCGUUCUUCAAACCGUCAGAAGGUGGUUGCGCAUGUGCUUUUGGGGGUCCACCGGCGAACAUCCGUAUUGCCGCUGAAAUCACACCAAUGGGCGUUACAAACUAUUGUCCCGAAAAUUGGUAUGGAAUCGAUGUUUUGAGUCCGGCAGAGUUCCAUCAGAAAUGUCACACAAAUCCAGAGGUAAUGCUACUGGAUGUCAGAAAUCAUUAUGAAUCUCGGAUCGGAUAUUUCAUCAAUCCGAAAACAGGAGAGCCAGCCCUGAGACCACCCAUCCGAAGGUUCUCCCAAUGGCCCCAAUACGUUCGGAAGUAUAUGAGCCAUGGUGAUCAGACCGAACAAACCUCAGCCGAUGGUAAAGAGUACUUGACUUAUUGCACUGGCGGUAUACGCUGCGAAAAGGGAGCCAGAUAUCUUCAAGAAAGGUUACGGCACCCUGGUGACAGAGUUGCAACGCUAGAGGGCGGGAUUACUGCUUACCUUGCAUGGAUGGAGAAGGAGGUCAAUCAAGGGAGAAUGAAGUACGAGGAAUCUCUGUUCAAAGGAAAAAACUAUGUAUUCGAUGCCAGAGGGUCAAUCGGUGAUGGAUUAGAGCCCGUCUCAACGUGUCACGAAUGUGGGCUCGUGGCGGAUAGCCUGAGUAAAUGUCGCUCCAAAGGCUGUCAUCUAAUACUCGUCAUUUGCCCGGAUUGUAAGAUAACGGCAAAUGUACGAUGUUGUCAGAGCUGCCUUGAGAUGGACGUAGAGGUUCAAGGCAUUCAGUCGGGUCCAAGAAGUAUAUGUGCAUGCGAGAGACAGCGUGAAGGCUUGCUUUGGGGCGAGGGCUCAAGGAAGCUUCCCAAGUCGAAAAAAGUCAAGAAGAAAGGAAACCUCCAAGCCGGCGGAUCGCGGUUCCUCGAAGUACAAGUCGCAAGUGUUAAUGUCCCGAUACCACAAUUAGCAUCGCCAUAA